CGCCGUAAAGUACUGAAGUGUCGUGAGGGUGGCGGGUUUUUCGCUUGCUUUCUGUCUCAGCAGCCGGGGGUGGCCGAUGGGGUCGGUCUGUGUCGAGGAGCUGCUGGAGGAUCUCAGGGUCUUCGGGGUGGGCUAUGAAGAAGAGGCGGUGCCCGACAAACUGGUUGAACUAUGCAUGACGCACAGACUGGCACAGAGUGACUUGGCUAAUGCAUUAGUUGCCUUCACUACGACUAAAGAAGACGGGUCUCGUCUCACUGUAGAGAUCCUGAAUGUCUUUGAACAUGAAGUACUCAACAAAAGAGUUAAUAAAGCUCAUCAAAAAAAGGACAACAGAUACUCUGGAAUCAAGGAUAUCAACACCAUUCAGGGACUCAUUGACAUAGAGGAGGAAGAGGAGAACCUCUUAGAUGCCUACACAACACCAUCAAAAGGCUCUCAGAAACGGAACAUAACAACACCAGAGAAUCCACGAUCUAAAAAGACUUUAUCCACCCGUAGCCCCCACCUAGUUUUCUCUCCAAACAGCUUCUCUCCAAGCGCUACUCCCUCUCAGAAAUAUGGCUCCCGGAGCAACCGAGGUGAGGUGGUAACCUCAUUUGGCUCUGUACAGGACACGUCCUGGAGUGGAAAAGGAGGCCAUGGAUCAAGUGUGAAGCUCUUUGGUUCACCAGAACAGUCACUCACCAAGAGUUACAAAUUCAUGUUCCAAAAGCUUCGUGACAUCCGGGAAGUACUGUCCUGGAAGAUAGAAGAACUCGGGGAUGCACUGAAGAAACAUUACAAGAUCGAGGAGUUCACUUCUGUGUUAGUCCCUGCACAGGAACCAGUCACUGUGCUGGGACAGAUUGGCUGUGACAGCAACGGAAAACUGAAUGCCAAGUCGGUCAUUCUAGAAGGGGAUCGGGAACACUCUUCAGGAGGGCAAGUUCCUGUGGAUUUAUCGGAACUUAAAGAAUACUCCCUCUUUCCAGGACAGGUUGUGGUGAUGGAGAGUAUUAACAGUACGGGUGGAAAACUGGUUGCAUCUAAACUGUAUGAGGGGGUGCCUCUUCCUUUCUACCAAUCUACAGAGCAAGUUGAAGAUUUGGAGCUGCAAAUGAUCUUGGUUGCUUGUGGACCCUACACAACUUCUGACAGCAUCACCUAUGACCCUAUGUUGGAUCUGAUUGAUAUUAUCAACAAAGACAAGCCAGAUGUCUGCAUCCUGUUUGGUCCUUUUCUCGAUGCUAAACAUGAGCAAGUUGAGAACGGUCAGCUCAUUGGAUCAUUUGAGGAUAUCUUUAAACAUUGUCUGAAGAUGAUAAUUGAAGGGACAAGAAGUGCUGGUUCCCAGCUCGUGUUUGUACCAUCGCUGAGAGAUGUGCACCAUGACUUCAUAUAUCCUCAGCCGCCUUUCAGCUAUGAGCUGUCUAAAGAUGACAAACAGCGAGUACACUUUGUGUCUGACCCCUGCACUCUGGCAAUAAAUGGAGUAAUUUUUGGCCUGACUUCCACAGACCUGCUCUUCCAUAUGAGUGCUGAAGAGAUUAGCAGCUCUUCCGGUGUCUCAGACAGGUUCACCCGAAUCCUUAAGCAUGUCCUGACACAGAGGAGUUAUUACCCACUCUACCCUCCCUCGGAAGAGAUGAACGUCGAUUAUGAGAACUUCUAUAAUUACGUGCCUUUGCCAGUCACCCCGGAUGUCCUCGUUGUUCCAUCUGAGCUGAGAUAUUUUGUUAAGGACAUCUUAGGCUGUGUGUGUGUGAACCCAGGACGACUCACCAAAGGCCAGGUUGGGGGGACCUACAGCCGUCUGUACAUACAGAGGCAGGAUACAGAGGAAGAACGAAAGAGUCCCUGCAUUGCUGCCCAAGUUGUCAAAAUCUAAACAGACUCUCUGCACCCUACCCUUAAAACAGAGAUGCUGGCCUUGAGUUCAGUAGGGGUUCAAAUCCAGCCUGGUUGGACAUCUGUUAGAUUUGGUCAAAAGAUGCAAGGAUGAUCUGGCAAAGGGGCUCUGAGAGCCAUGUAAUACCUUCCCUUCUCUCAGGACUGCUGCUUUCGAGAAUCUUUUGCAUAGAUUUUUUUUGUCGCAAAUCAGACAUUGUAUUAGAGUGUUUUAAGGCUCUUUGGCCUGUUACAAUCAGGAAUGCAAACCUUGUCAAUGCACAUGUGUACCGAGAGCCCUGACUUGGAUCAGCUUGUUUUCUAUUGUAAUUUGCCAAGGGGAAAGUUGUCAGCUCAUCAAAGUGAACUGCAAUUGAAAAUACACCCUGAGUUUUCUAAAAGUUCAUGCUUUCAGCUCUCUUUCCAGGCUGUCCCUUUAGUUUCGUCAGAAUCAGCAGAGGCUUCUGCUCAAGGUGAGCUGGAUGUUCUAUUUUCAGAUCCUGCUGUUGAUCAUGCUCGGUUUUUGUCUAUCUUAUUAGAUAAUAUGGCCCUCAGCACCAGAGUGCAUCAUAGUCAUCUCCCCAUUUCACAAAUAGGGAAUUGAAACACAGGGUAGAUUGUGAUUUACCCAAGUUCACACAGCACGUAGCAGAGCCAGGAAGAGAACCCAGUUCAUCUGAAUCUCAUUCCAUUCCCUUAUCCAUUAUAUCACUCUGCCUCUCUUAGGUAAUAUCCACACUUCCUGGACCUCUGCUUGGUUCCAAGCAGAAUUAUCUGUUUCAAUCUCUGGCAUCAUAAAAUUUCAGCAAACGAAAAUUAAAUUGAUCCCCACUGAGCUGGGAAAGUACAUUACACCCAGGCUCUCUCUCCUCGGAUAGCCCUGUGGGGUCCAUCAUAUUUUAUGUAAUGUAUGCAUUGCAGCAGCAUUGCUAGGCCUGUCUGACUUGGAAAGGCAGGUGUUACUUGUCCAAACCUGUAGACAAUUCUCAGUUUAAAGCAGUCUAUUUUUUUUUUUUUUUAACAUUUUUUGCAAUUCUUCCAUGCAACUAUCAACUGGAGGAAUUUAAACUCUGAUCAUUGCACUGGUUAAUUCCAAAGGUCUUUGUUUGGACUUGGAUUGCUGUAAACUGGCUUGUGUGGGUGGUUAAAUGCCAUAUGAUCUGCAUUUCUAUUGUACGUUAAUCAAAAUACUGAUAUCCCAUUGGACUGAGACACUUGGAUCUUCAUUAGGAGGCCUCUGAGCUGGUACUAUAUAAUCUACUAUAUGUGAAUCAUUUCAGUCCUACCUCCCAUUUAUUUUUAUUAUGUUGCAGAAGCAGCUAGAAGCCCUAGCCAAAAUGGGAAACUCAUUGCUGUGUUCGGACCCAUAGUGAGAGAGAAUCCCUGCCCCAAGGAGCUUGCCGCCUAAACAGACAAGACAAGCAAAGGAAGGGUUACUAUUCUCAAUGUAUAAAUGGAGAAUCUGAGGCACAGACCAGAGGGGACUUGGCUAAGGUUACACAGGAAUUUUCUGGCAGAAUAAGGACCCAGAUUUUCCUGAGUUUCAGCCGAAUGCUUUAACCACAUGCUAUUCCUUUCUCUUGCUGGAAUUAUUUUUCCUUGAUGCCAAGGUACUGGCACAAAUACAUGUCUAGCUGUCUGAGCUUCCAAGUGUUGAACAUUGUGCGGUCAUUCCUCCUAAAUCUGGCCUGAUUUGGGCCUCUUUCAUAUGAAAAAACAGGACUCGACUGGUAAUAGUGGGCCAUAUGAUCUAUGUGUAACUUUUUAAAAUCCUAUCAAUCAGUGUGUGUAUGUGCAUGGAGCUCUCUCUCUAACACACACAACAAGCUCCUAUUUUACCUCUACUAUUAGGAAUCUACUAGCAGCUCAGAGUGACUUAUAGGCAGCCUCUAAUCUUUCCCAAUGCUUGGGUUCUGUGUAAACUGUCUCCCUAUUCUUUCCCCCGCUUACUCUAGACUGGAUCCCCUCCCCCAACACAAGUACAACUCCCAAAUGCACAGAGCAGCAUGGUUUUCUCUCUCAGGUUGAUAAUCUGCUCACGCCGCAGCCCUAUGUUUUUGGUGGCACUCAUGCUAGUGGCAAAUGUUGGGCUGGCCAAGUGCAGAUGCUGCAAAGUGGAAGUCACCUAAGUAAAGCCAUUUGGGGUCCUGCAGAGUGGGCAAGCAAGGUCAAUGCAUUAGAAUGUCCCUAUGCUGCAGAAGAGCUCUGUGUAACUCCAAAGCUUGUCUCAUCAACAGAAGUUGGUCCAUUAAAAAAGUUACCUCA